CGGGAGCUGCGGAGACAGCCUGCGCCGCGAACGUCGGGCGUGUGCGCAGGCUCAGUGGGCCCCCAGGAGGGAGCGACUUAGCGGGCGGUCGAGAAGAGCGCUGACCGGUCACGGGCUGUGGGCACGAUGAGACCCGGAGAGGAGAGGCCGGUGGAGGGGGGCGCCUGCGCCGCCGUCUUCGAGGUGGAGCUGCUGAAGCUGCGCGCGGCGGAGUGCAUCGACGAGGCGGCCGAGCGCCUGGGGGCCCUGAGCCGCGAGAUCUGGAGCGAGCCCGAGCUGGCCUACGAGGAGCACCAUGCCCACGGCGUGCUGACGCGCUUCUUCGAGAGCGAGCGCCCGGCCGCCUCGUGGGUGGUGCAGCCGCACUACCAGCUGGUCACGGCCUUCCGUGCCGAGUGGGGGCCGCCGGGGGGCUGGGCGGCGCCGCGCCCGCUGCACCUGGGCUUCCUCUGCGAGUACGACGCGCUGCCAGGCAUCGGGCACGCCUGCGGCCACAACCUGAUCGCCGAGGUCGGGGCGGCGGCCGCGCUGGGCGUCAAGGGGGCCCUGGAGAGCCUCCCCAGGCUGCCUCUGCCAGUGAAGGUAGUUGUUCUGGGAACCCCUGCAGAAGAAGAUGGUGGUGGCAAAAUUGAUUUAAUCGAAGCAGGGGCUUUUAAAAGUCUCGAUGUUGUUUUUAUGGCCCACCCAUCCCAAGAGAAUGCUGCUUAUCUACCUGAUGUGGCAGAACAUGAUAUGAUUGUGAAGUACUAUGGAAAAGCAUCUCAUGCUGCUGCUUAUCCCUGGGAAGGACUAAAUGCAUUAGAUGCUGCUGUCCUCGCCUACAACAAUCUGUCCGCGUUAAGACAACAAAUGAAACCGACCUGGAGAGUUCAUGGUAUAAUAAAAAAUGGUGGUGUAAUACCCAAUAUCAUUCCCUCUUAUUCUGAACUAAUCUAUUACUUCCGUGCACCCUCAAUGAAAGAACUUCCAGUUUUGACCAAAAAGGCAGAAGAUUGCUUCAGAGCUGCAGCUUUGGCUACUGGGUGCACAGUAGAAAUUAAAGGUGGAGCACAUGAUUAUUACAAUGUUCUUCCCAAUAAGAGCCUGUGGAGAGCUUAUAUUGAAAAUGGAAAAAAGCUGGGAAUAGACUUCAUUUCAGAAGAUGCGAUGUUGAAUGUCCCUUCAGGAUCUACUGAUUUUGGAAAUGUUACUUUUGUGGUUCCUGGGAUUCAUCCAUAUUUUUACAUUGGAUCUAAUGCCUUGAAUCAUACAGAACAAUACACUGAAGCUGCAGGAUCACAAGAAGCCCAGUUCUACACUUUGCGAACGGCCAAAGCUCUGGCAAUGACUGCACUGGAUGUUAUUUUUAAACCAGAGCUGCUAGAAAGAAUCAGAGAGGACUUUAAAUUGAAACUUCAAGAAGAAGAGUUUUUAAAUACAGUAGAAUAAAAGGAAGAUUUAGGAGCCACUCACGGAUCAUGAAGAAGAAGUUAUGAUUUUCUUCUUUAAUCUUUUUUAAUGAGGGAGGAGGGCAUGGCUUGUUUUUCAUUCUUAAGGGAGUCAAAUUCCUCUUACCUGAAAAGUGAGGACAUGAUGUGGAGAAAACACAUUGCCUCAUAUCUAGAGUGAAAAUUUCACAACUCUGUAUAUGAUGGAAUUGUGACAUUUCAGGGCUGGUAUGUAAUGGCAUUUCAUAAACAACCUGGAUGACACAUGGUUUAUCAGUGAUAACAUUUUAUAAAUCCGUAUGUUGUGUGAGUGUAUUUGAAAGAUCCAAGAGAUUUCAAGCCUUAUAUCCAGAAUUGCCACAUGAAAGAUUUUUUUUUGAUAUAGGGUGGUAACAUUGUUCUAUAAAGUUGUUUUAAAAUUCAAGUUCUAAAUUUAGGGAAGGUUCAUCUGGAAUAUCUGACUAUAUCUGUUUUGGUUUAGAGAAUUUCUUCAUUGACAAUAAAAGUACGCUUUUUAUCAGAAAUGCUAUGGGGAAACAACUAGAAACUCAGGUACAAAGAAUAAGCUUUAGUUUUACCAUUUGAAGGAAAAUGAAAAUGUUCUUUUUUAUAUAUAAUUUACUCUGAGAGGUGGCAUUAAAGUGCUAUUCCUCAUUCCAUAUUUCAGUAAUAGAAAAAAUGGUAAAUGGAUAGGAUUAGACUCUUCCUGUAACGUGUUUGCUUGGUAGCCCCAUGGGUUCCAGAGGAAUUUAAUUAGAGGAGUGAUGUCUGCUUAUCUUGAAUGUUAAUGCCAUAUAACUGAUCCCCUCUACCUAGCAGCCCUAUUCAGGUUUCUUCUCAGAAGCUAGCCUGUCCAGCUUGAGUAAACUCAGUAGUUUAUUAAAUUUAGGGGACAGAAUUCUAAGCCUCCUUAAGCCCCAUGCUAGCUCAAUAUAAACUAAAAAGUAUUGUAAGUUUUUCCUGGUGUGACUUUCUCGAACAUGAUAAAAGAAUGUGAAACAAGUAUCCAGUAAAACAAAUUUUUUUUUUUUUUAAAGGCCGAUGAUUUUUUUUUUUUUUUUUUUUAAUUUAUGGCUGUGUUGGGUCUUUGUUUUUGUACGAGGGCUUUCUCUAGUUGUGGCAAGCGGGGGCCACUCUUCAUCGCGGUGCGUGGGCCUCUCACUACCGCGGCCUCUCUUGUUGCGGAGCACAGGCUCCAGACGCGCAGGCUCAGUUAUUGUGGCGCAUGGGCCCAGUUGCUCCGUGGCAUGUGGGAUCUUCCCAGACCAGGGCUCGAACCUGUGUCCCCUGCAUUGGCAGGCUGACUCUCAACCACUGCGCCACCAGGGAAGCCCAAACAAAUAUUUUAAGCUGUGAGUAUAGUAAAGGUCCAGUAGACUUUAUUUUAAAGGGAGUCCUCAAGUUUGAGUGUAAGCAUUGCAGAGAUGGAAGGGGAAGGAGGGAAAAGUGAGCAUUUGGCCUCUCUGCUGUAAGCAAGUCACUUGGGUGCUCUCUGCCUUAGGCUUCUCAUUUGGAAAGUUAGAUUAGAUCCCUCAUCCUUACAGUCCUUUAAACCUCUAAUUCCUAUUCUAUCUGAAAUUAUUUAAAGUUGAAACAAGGAGAAGGGAAUUUGGGUGGAGAGUUAGUAGUUGAGAAUUGCUUUUCUUCCAUAUCAGAGGUCUGCAGACUGCGGCCUGAUUUGGCAAGCAGCCUGAUUCUGUAUGGCUAGCAUGCUGGAAAUGGUCUGUACAUUUUGAAAGGGUUGUAGAAAAAAAUAAAGCAUCAGCGACCAGAUCGUGUGACCUGCAAAACCUAAAACAUUUACAAUCUGGCCCUUCGUAAGAUAAAGUUUGCCAGCCCAUCCUAUGUAACAGUAAAAUAAAAACUGUUUCUCUUUGACUACAUCAUAUAAUCAGAUCUUCUCCUAGAAGAAAACUUGAAGUCUCUGAAUUGAAAACAUUAAGAAAGGGAUUUAGACAGCAGUGCUCUGUGUUGACCAUCAUAAUGCAUCAGUGGUUUCUCCUCAUUGAGGGUUCUGGCUCUUUCGAAGUUCGCUUUCUUUUCGCAUUUACUUUGUUCUGGGAUACAGCUACCCUGCUGCCUUAAGGCUGUCCUCUGUGCAAGCCGCUCUUCUAACCCUUCACAUCAGCUUUUAGAACAUGAUCCUCCAUGACACUCUUUGAUUAUUUAUAACCUCAAACAGGCAUGGUUGGUAUGUAUUUUGCAAACAGAAGAGGGAUCAACAAAGGCUUCACGCUGAGAAUUGGAUAUGUCCAAGACCUCUGGUUUAUAAAAACAGAAUUAGUUUCCUAAUUAUCAAUUUAAUGCAUUUCUCAACUACAAGCUUCAAAUUCCUUAUAUAAAUCCUGCACUCUAAGGAAUGUGGUUUUAUUUUCUAAAGCCUCGCUAAAAUUCUAGAACAGUGAUUGUUAACUGCUGUCCUGACCCACUGAUAUUCUCCUAUCUUUUGUGAACUGUCACAAGUUAACUGUUACUCAUACGAAGUAUUUGUGAUGAAUUUACUUUUUAAAAACGAAUUGGAGAAAAUGUCAGGUUAGAAUUCUGUUGUUGCCAAUUCACUUGUGUUCUGAUAAGCAUCCUGCAUGAGAGAGCAAGGUGUCGAGUUGCUGCUGAUGUGCAGGGGAGAGGUACAGUCUGUACCAGUGCUAUCUGCCACAACCCAGUCGUCGGAGGAGGUAAUGUUGACAUACCGCUAAGAUUUGUGUCCCUUCUGAGUUUCUGUAAGAUUUUGUUUUCCUUUCAACAUUUAAAAAACUUGGUCAACAUAUGGGAUUACCCAUUGGAAUAUAUCCUGGAUUUAUCAUGUCAGAAAAGAGGUUGAGAUGCUCCAGGGUCUAUCUAGAAGUAUAUAUUUUUUUCCCCAGAUCUCACCUUGACAUUUUACAUUAUUUUACUUUAAGUUAUUUAAUAUAAUUCAGACUUUUUAAAUCCCUUUUUACUUUUUAUAUAUCAGUGAAUUAACUGAGCCAUAUUACACUAAAGAGUGUAAAUAAAUAACAUAAAUAACUGCUGAGUCAAAAAUCUGUCCAGAGGAACAACUGUAGCUAAUCUUCACUAUGCCAUUUGAAUUCGGGAGACUACUUCAUUUGUAAUGGUAGUUUUUCCUUUUGGAACUAAGUUCUUUCUUUAUCCUCAUACUUCAAUGGCAUGUUUGGAAUGUGCUAAAUUUUCAUAAACUUUUAUACUUAGCUUAAAUUAUCAUUAUUGAUUAGUCCUCAUAUUUUGGAUUAAGUCUCCAAAGAUUUUGGAAGAUAAAUGGGGAAGCACUCGAUUACAGGAGAACAGUGUCACUUUUAGAUAAAAAGGGUUAUAUAUAGCUCUUUAUAUUUAAAAGACAAAAAUUUAUUUUUAGGAGGUUGACACAUGAAGAGGACUUUUUCAAAAUUUUGUGUCUUGAUUUUGAGGAAGGGGGCAGCUAAGUUUUUCUCCCAGAAUUAAUUUGAAUGAUGACACUUUACUGUCACUUGGAUUCAGUGACUGUGCGUUAUUCCUCCACUAGAUUGUAUGUUCUUUGAAGCCAUUGUCUUCUCAAUAUGCUUAAUUUCCUUCAAGUACACUAAAACCUGACUCAUCUGGAAAAAAACAGGCCAAGAAGCUGAGUUCAUGUAAAGUUUAAAAUAAUAUAAUUUUUAAUAUAUUGAAUUAGUUUCUGACCUAAACUAGAGAUAUAGGUAGACCUGCCUGAGGUAUCUUUGUUUUUAUGGAAAAUGCUUUUAUUGCAUGCCUUUUUUUUUUUUUUUUUUUUUUAAUAACUUUCACUGUUCACAGCCUGAAUGGAAGGCCUUUUCCUCAAAUAGCAACUUUUGGCUAUCUUUGUUAAAUUAAUAGACCUUAAAAGUAUAAUUCAAAUUAAUGGUUUAAAUUUAAUUACAGAUUGAAAAUGUUUUCUCUUUUGUGACUUAAUUUUAAAAGCAGGCCUGACUGAAUAUGGGACCUGUAUAAAACAAUUAUGUGGUACUGCUAAUUACUAAGUUGCUAUAUACUAUAUAAUAAGACUGAGUAUAUCUAAUAUUUAGCUUGCCUCUUAAAAUUCUCAGACUGCUAUUCAGUUUUAAAAACUACCCACAGUUUAUGAACUACUCAGGAAGAUUUUCCCUUUUAAUUGCUUCUUCCUGUAGUACUCAUAAGGGCUGGGGCAUUUAGCAUAAACUAGAACAUUUUCAUGUGUUUAUGGAUACUUUUAUAAACUGAAAGUGUUUUGAUUUCCCACAAUCCUCCAAAGGACUGUUUGUUUAUUGAUGAGUUGUGUUGAUAUUUUUGCUGUUAUAAUUUCAGCAAUGGAGUUCAGUGAACAUUUGUCAAGGAGAGCCUACUUCUAAGCACUGGGGGUAAGACAAAGAGUAAGAUAUGGUCCAUGCCCCCAAAAAACUUGUGGUUGGUGGUAAGUUCUCAUAAGAUUUGCUUCAUCUGAGCAACACUGGGAUUGAGGGAACAUCUGAAGGCUGCUGUCUUGGAAAUUUUUGAGGAAGUGUUUCUAAAACACUUAAAAAUACCUGAGUCAUGUCAGUCUGUUUGAAUAGAAGAAAUCGAUAUGAAAAGUCUUUUCUUAAAAAGUGAUUGUCUUAUUUUAUAAUAUAUUCUUUUUAAAAAACCAUUUCUGAUAGCUGUGUUUUAUACAUUUCUUUUUAUCUGAAGUAUCUCUGGUCUUCUGGAAAAUGUCCUACAUAGCGCUAGCCUUCAAACUAUCAAAGUAAAUUUUCAUUGUAAAAUGAAUUAAUUGUCUUUGUGCCAGCUAGCAACUCUUUAUAAGACUGUAAGGUAUGAAAAACUACAUCUUUAUUUUUUUUACAUACUUCAAGCAUUUUACAAACCAAUUAAAUAGUUGAGGAUAGUGCAUUUUGACAUGUAUGAAAUAAUUUUUUCAAGUAGGCAAUCAGUCUCUAUUACCAUCAGAUCAUAGUCAUUUUUAAAAUGUUAAUACAUACAUAUUAAAGUAUGUAUGAAAAAAAUCUAAAAUGUUAAUAAAUAUGUUUAUCAAAUA